GGCGUGCGACUGGACGUGCAGUAAGGCCAAAGAAACCACAAAAAAAAAAACACAGUAGAAUGCAGGUCAGAAAGGAAAAAGGAAAAAUGUCCUUAUUCAUAGACAAGAUGACCCAUAAGGAGCUAAUCCUAGGGAUCCAGAUACACAUACAAACCCAGGACUGAUCAAUUUAUUUAGCCAGAUCCUGCGAUACAAAAUUAGUAAAAAAAAAUUCCAUUCCAUUUCUACAUGCUAAUAACAACUGGAAAUAGAAUUAAGGUGGUUCCAUUCACGGCAGCACCAAACUAAUAAGAUACUUAGAAAUUAGUUUAUCAAAAACAGUGCAAAAUUUAUAAAGAAGAUCUAAGUAAACGGAAAAGUGCUCUGUAUCCCUUGAUUAAAAGAUUUUUGUGAUCCGGUGUGAGGCACACGGAAAGCAUGAACCAGAAAAAAAAGUUAGUUGAACUUAGUCAAGAUAAACUUUUGCAUUUUAAGAGAGAGUAUGUUUUUUUUUUCUCUUAAAGUAGGCUCUACACCCAGCAUGGAGCCCAAUGCGGGGCUUGAAUUCAGGACCCCAGAGAUGGAGACCUGAGCUGAGAUCAAGAGUCUGACGCUUAACUGACUGAGCCAUCUAGGUGUCCCAUUUUUUAAAAUAUGGAUAAGCCACAGACUGGGAAAAGUAUUUGCAAAUAUUAUACCUGAUAACCCGUAAUCCAUAAAGUCUUGGAACUCAGAAAACAAAAGUGAGCAAGACUUAGAUAGAGCGCGCACCCAGGACGACAGAGCUGAGAACCCUGGGAAACGGUGCUGAGCGUUAGUUGUCAGACACAGACUUAGCACAGCUGGGCGUGUAAAACUCAGCACACCCAAUGCUGGGCAGGAUGUGCAACCACUGGAACGCUUGUACUUUACAAAAGUUUUUAAAAAGUUAGACCUAAGGGGUGCCCGGCAGGCUCAGUCAGUGGAGCAUGCGGCUCUGGAUCUUGGGGUCGUGAGUUUGAGCCCCACGUUGGGUGCAGAGAUGACUUAAAAUCUGUAAAAGUUAUACCUAAAUACCAUGUGAGCUACCAACUCCACUUGUAAGAAUCUACCCAGGAAGCACGAAACACAUCCAUACCGAGAGUCGUAGAUAAAUGCUGGCAACAACGUCCCAGCAGCCCCCGAAUGGAACAAUCCAGACGUCUGUCAGCUCAGUGGGUGAAUGGAUCCAGUGGCAGCCCAUCCCUGCCACGGACUGCUGUUCAGCCACAGCUCGGCGUGAAGGACUCCAGGCUGCUGUGUGGGCGAGCGCAGAAAGCCCGCCUGCUGGUCACGAGGAGACACACGAGCCCCCCGAGGCUGGAGCUUGGGGGACUGUGUACCUGGUCCCAGUAAGGCUGUUGUAGGGGAGGACUGUCGGUGGGGGCAUCUCACUUGUCAGCACCCUUCAGGAGUUCUCAGCCUGGACAGGCGGAAAGUGCAAGAGGCAGACCGGAAGGAACAGUCUCAAAAAGUUAACAGCCAUCCAAGAAAAAACGUAGACACCGUGCGCAAGAUCGUAAGAGAGGCGUAUAAAUGCCAAGCGACGCCAGGGAAGAUCUGAGGAGGAGGCUGUGCACCACGUGCAGGGGCAUGCGGUCCAUCCUGCACAAACUUCAGCACAACCCACACUCUCAUAGGCUCUGGUUUCGGUUCAGACAGUGGUGAGCUGCUCGCACGGCCUCGGAGGGCAUGCACAGGGCCCCGCACACAGGAUGCCGUGCUCCGCGAGGGACUCAAACGUUCCCCCACCUCCAGGCUUGUGGGCAGGGGACCCGACGUGUUCCCGAGAUGCUUCAAGAGCAUUAUGUUCAAGUCCACGUGCCAUAGUGGCCGUGAAACCACCAAGACUGAGAAGUCCAGCUCAGCACAGAACAUCUCGGGAAACCACAUCAAAAUGAACUCUUGCCAGAAGUGAUGAAGAGAGCAGAAAGGCACGCUCCGGGGAAGAAGGAUACGCUGCCCACGUACGCCUGGUGAAGGACUUGCACCCCCCCCCCCCCCCCGGCUGAUGAGCCUGAGGGGCUGUGGUCCCGCUGGUGUCUGUGAAGACCAACAGAAUGAAAGCCACCGUCCACUCACCUUCGGGCCUUGAGAACAGACAGGGUGGUGGUGGGGCGUGCAGGACACCCCUCGGCCCUAGGAUGUGGUGACCUGCUAACUACUUGGGAAGGCUCGACCUCACCUGCCAAGAAGACAUGCACCUGGAUCCCAGCAAGUCCACCAAGGACCCAUAAGCUCGCAGCAGUGUCCAUGGACAGUAGGUAAGUGCGUCCUGAGGCGCGAGCAAGGAUGCGGGGACAGCUGUGUACAAGCUGCCUGAAUCACACGUCACACGACCAGCCAGACCCAAUGCUUGCGUGGGUCCCCAUACACCUGAUGAUUGGAAGCAAAUGAUACCAGAUGCCUCGGGGAGACCUUCAGGUGGCUGACUCCCUAAGUGGCGGGGGCUGAGUGCGGGUGUUGCUGCGGCGAGCACCCACCCCAGCGGCCAAGUCCUAUGGAGGGCUUUGGCCAUGCAGGCCCAGCUGGGGUUUACAGAAAGAGCCCUGUCCCCUCCCGCCGCACACCCUCCCUUCCCAGCCUGCUGAGGGCUGGCAGAACGUGCUGAGUCGGCACUUUGUGCUCUGUAAACGCAUGUUUACCGUGUCAAUUUCUGGGCGUGUACUUUCUCUAGCAGAUCUAUAAUUUCUCAGAACAGAGGCUGAGAACCGACCUGGAAAUCAAUCAAAGCUCAAUAAAGGGACAGAUAAAGCCGCCCCCACCCCUGGCACCAGGAGCUGUGGGCCAGGCAGGGGCGAGGCGGGGGUGGGGGGAACGGAGAGGGGCGCUGCAGCUGCCCCCCAGCCAUCCCUGCCGCACUGCCUCUGCCAGGCCAAGAAGUACACUGGAGAGUCUCCUGAACCUCCACCAGCCCUGCUCCUCCUCUCAAGGGGAGCCCGGCCGCGCCCUUGUCCACCCGCCUCUGCCCUACUGCCGAAUCACCUCUUCCUGGGGCUGGCCACGCACAGUGCAGCCCUCCAGCUCUGCCUCCCUGCCCCUAUGGAGGACCCCUCCCCUGGCUGUGCCAGCCGCGCCCAGGGCGGGUGGACGAGGGUGCGGCCAGGAUCCCUUUGCUCGAGCAGCCAGGGGCCAUGCUGGCUGUCAACCUUCUUCUCCGCCUGACCUGGGGCUGACCUCAGGCCAGGCACUGGGUGGUCAUCCUGUGCAGAACGGGCUGGUCAUGGCCCCCCAGGAGCUCUGGAGGACAGCCUGGGUCCCAGAGCAGGUGGAGGCUGGUCCUGUGGCCACAAGACCUGGCCCCCAAGGCCAGGCCUCCCUCCACUCUUUCUGGGAGGGCAGUGCUAGGGAAAGCAAACACGAGGGGGCCGGGGGCCCUGCUGGGUGUUCCUAGAAGAGAUUGGGGGGAGGAGGAGUGGUCAGACACCAGCUGAUCCUGAGGUCCCAGAAGCCAAGGCUGGGCGGGGCCCCACGGAGUCCUAAUGAGGACCCCACCCAGGUUGUUAGGAAAUGGGCAGGGGGAAGGAGGGGGGUGGUCAGCGUGCCAGUCCCAUCUCCCACUUAACUCCCACAUGGCCGUCUGCUGAGCGGGAGGUCCCCCACAGCUGUCAGAAGGGCCCCCACCCAGGGGCCGGGGCCAGCCAAACCUGAAGGUGGCUUUGGGGUGAACACGGCCCCCCAGCCUCUCCCCUGCACCGUCUGCAUCCUGGGCAUUUGGGGCUGAUGCUGGGUGCCGGGCACGAGAGGGUUAAUGGAAUCCGGGCCAGUGGGGCUGGGCUGGGCUGGCAGCGACAGGGUGCUGGCUGCCCCAGCAGUGGGGGAAUCAGAGGGCACGAGCAGCCGGCCCCAGCAGACGCACUCAGCUCGCGGCCCGCCUGUGGUUUCUGCACGCGGGAUGGCCCCGAUUAGAGGAGGCCCGGCCCUGGCCGUGCUGCUGGUCUGCUGGGCAGCGCUGGGCCCCUGCGGCCUGGAGGGAGCAGAGCCCGGGGCCCCGGGGGCCUCCGAGAGCCUGCAGUGCCCGGUCGUCUGCACCUGCGGCCACGACGACUACGUGGACGAGCUCAGCGUCUUCUGCAGCUCCCGGAACCUCACGCGGCUGCCCGACGGCAUCCCGGACGGUGCCAGGGCCCUGUGGCUGGACGGCAACAACCUGUCCUCCGUCCCUGCUGCCGCCUUCCACAACCUCUCCGGCCUCGCCUUCCUCAACCUGCAGGGUAGCGGGCUGGCCAGCCUGGAGCCGCAGGCGCUGCUCGGCCUGCAGCAGCUCCGGCACCUGCACCUGGAGCGGAAUCAGCUGCGGGGCCUAGCAACCCGCACCUUCCUGCACACGCCGGGCCUCGCCUCCCUCGGCCUCAGCAACAACCUACUCGGCCGGGUGGACGAGGGCCUCUUCCAGGGUCUGGCCGGCCUCUGGGACCUCAACCUCGGCUGGAACAGCCUCGCCGUGCUCCCCGACGCUGCCUUCCAAGGCCUGGCCAACUUACGCGAGCUGGUGCUGGCGGGCAACAAGCUGGCCUACCUGCAGCCCCCGCUCUUCUGCGGCCUGGCCGAGCUCCGCGAGCUGGACCUGAGCAGGAACGCCCUGCGGAGCGUCAAGGCCAACGUGUUCGUCAAGCUGCCCAAGCUCCAGAAGCUCUACCUGGACCACAACCUCAUCACCGCCGUGGCCCCUGGGGCCUUCCUGGGCAUGAAGGCGCUGCGCUGGCUGGACCUGUCGCACAACCGCGUGGGCGGCCUCCUGGAGGACACCUUCCCCGGCCUGCUGGGCCUGCACGUCCUGCGCCUCUCACACAACGCCAUCGCCGGUCUGCGGCCGCGCACCUUCAAAGACCUGCACUUCUUGGAGGAGCUGCAGCUCGGCCACAACCGCAUCCGGCAGCUGCCCGACAAGGCCUUCGAAGGCCUGGGCCAGCUGGAGGUGCUCACGCUCAACGACAACCAGAUCCGGGAGAUGGAGGCAGGUGCCUUCCUCGGCCUCCUCAGUGUGGCGGUCAUGAACCUCUCUGGCAACUGCCUGCGGACGCUCCCGGACCAGGUGUUCCACGGCCUGGGCCGGCUGCACAGCCUGCACCUGGAGCGCAGCUGCCUGGGCCGCAUCCGACCGCACGCCUUCGCGGGCCUCUCGGGGCUGCGCCGCCUCUUCCUCAAGGACAACGGCAUCGUGGCCGUGGAGGAGCAGGGCCUGGGGGAGCUGGCGGAGCUGCUGGAGCUGGACCUCACGGCCAACCAGCUCACACACCUGCCCGGCCAGGUCUUCCAGGGCCUCAGCAAGCUGGAGUACCUGCUCCUCUCCAGCAACCGGUUGGCGGCGCUGUCGGCAGACUCCCUGCGGCCCCUGAGGCGCGUCUUCUGGUUGGACGUCUCGCACAACCGCCUGGAGGCCCUGCCUGAGGCCGACCUGCCCCAGCUGCGCUACCUGAGCCUCAGGAACAACUCCCUGCGGACCUUCACGCCGCAGGCCCCCGGCCUGGAGCGCUUGUGGCUCGAGGGCAACCCCUGGCACUGUGGCUGCCCCCUGCGGGCCCUGAGGGCACUAGCCCUGCAGCAGCCCAGCGUCGUGCCACGCUUCAUGCAGGCCACGCCGGAGGGGGACGACGGCCAGCCGCCCGCGUACACCUACAACAACAUCACCUGCGCCAGCCCCCCGGGCGUCUCGGGCCUUGACCUGCGUGACGUCGCCGAGGCCCACUUUGCUCACUGCUGACCGAGGUGCGGCCUGGCCCGAUGCCGCCCCGGGGUCACAAUGGCGUCCCCCUAGUGGGGGGACACGGUACAGCCGUGGGGUCCUGCUGGCAUGGGCACUGCCACCACACAGGCCCCGGCCCCCCCAGCCGCCCCUCAUUAAAAGCCAUCUGACACACGCAUGUGACCAUGGCAGUGUAGCUUUGGGGGGAAGGAAAGCUGGGCCCGUGCCCCCAGCCCACGUCCCUCCCGGGGUGCCCACCUGCACCUGACGGGCAGCGUGGCACCCCCUGCCAUUGUCCAGAGCCCCAGCACCUCAGCUGUCCUCUCCGGCAGCGUCCUUGGACGCCCUGGUCCUGGGAAGCUGGGCAGAGCCGGGGCGGCCGCUGCUCGGGGCCAGUGUGGAUGUGGGUUCUCAAUCCCCGGCCUCCGGCCCACACCCCCCUCCCACCCCAGCAGCCCUGCCCCUGCCCUCUUGUUCACGGCAUACCUGGACCCGUCACCCCUGCAGUGGGGGCCACCCUGUCUCUUCUGCCGACACCCCAACCUCUUCCCUUGGGAAGAGCACCGUGCAGUGCCCUGUCCCACCUUCCCUCCUGUUCUCCCUGGGGCGCCUGCACCUCACCCCCAGCUCUGCCCCGGCUCCGUGGCGUGGAGGGUGUGGCGGGCGAUUGGACAUGGGCAGUGACCUGCGCCGGGCUGAGCCUCCCCCAAGAACAUGCAUUUC